CCCUCAAUCGCGCAGCCACCUCAGCCCGCAGCCACCGCAACGACGGUUUUGAUAACUGCAGCCCCCACAGUCCCGCAGCACCGCGUCGUUGUCAUCGCCGAGUUCUUUUUCUCUGUGUUCGCCGGUGUCGCCUCUUCUCUCGUUCGUCGCUCGCCUUCUUCCUCGCCGCCGCACCAGCAAUCAAACCAGAAAAGCACAAAAUCACAAAAGAAAAAAGAAUGCAGGCUCUGACCCUGAGCAAGAGGCUCUCUACAUCCAAGCCUCUCUUCAGAAUCUCUCCCAACCUCGUCGCUUCAAUCACCUCCUCUUCCACCACCUCUCCGCCACCUUCGUCACCGAUCUCCGCCGCAGAUGGCGGCUCCUCCUGCCAUCCCUUGGCUCUCCUCAGCUUACUCCGCGCUCCCAGGUCUGCUACCCAAAGCCUCCGAACUGGUGUCUCCGGAUCUGAAGUUAGAGAUGCGAAUCUCGCUGGAGGCCAUGUACGCGCUAAUGAGGUUCUGAAACUUUAUCGCCCCUGUUACGGAACCGGAAUAGCAACUUUCAAGGUUCAGCCUCACGGUGCAGCUGGUUAUGCCACUGCUACUACUACGGGCGAUAGCAUCCAGAGGAAGGAGCGAGACAGUGGAUUGAGGAAUGUAGGUCCGAAGACAAAGAGAGAGCAGCUGCUAAAAGCCACUGCACUUGUCCCACUUCUUUUGAUAUUCCCGAACGCCUAUUCCAUGCUCGCAGCGAAUCUCUUUGUAUUUUGGCACAUAAGUGCUGGUAUUGAAGAGAUUUUGGCUGAUUAUGUCCACCAUGAGAUGACCCGAAAUUACGUCGUGAUUGCUUUCAAAUUGUUCCUGAUAAUUGCAAUGAAGGAUGUGUUCCUGAAAUUUGUAUUUGUAUAAUCAGAUAGCUCACUAAAAUUGUGCUUGCAUUUCUGCAUAAUAAGAGCCCGAUGAGGUGUAAACAUGAGAAAACCCUUAUUUCCAGUUUUCAGUUGGUUAUUAGAGGUGAGGCAACAUGAUAAUUUUCUGAUUCAUAAAGUUAAUGAAUGGCUUUUAGUGUGUAUUGCUCAAUUUUGGCAUCUAUGGACUAUGGUGCUUA